CCAUGCCUUUGGGCACCCACCGAUGUUUCUUGCCUCGGCCGUGCGCGUGCUGCGCGCGGGCGUCCCCGCGCGCUUGCACGGCGCCGGUGCCGUUCACGGCGGCGGCGGCAGUAGCGCCCAGCGCCGGUGGACCAGCUCAGUGGUGCGGCGGCGGCGGAGGGCCUACUACAAGGCCAUGGCAGAUCCCACGACAUCGCCAGUGAAGCUGCAACGCUUGAGGGAGAGGGCCGCCAGGCCACAGUACGAGCUGCUCAGAUAUCUGGCCGAGACCAAAGUGGCUCGCGUUCAGACGCAGGAGGAUCGAAAGAAGCUUUGGUAUGACUUGAGGUACAACCGCUACGCUCCACUCUUCUUGAACCAGAUCAAGCCCCGCAUGAAGCUCUGGGCCGCCGCGCUCCACGAGUCGCAGCUGCCCCUGGCGCGCUUGCCGGAGAUCGCCAUGUGCGGCCGGUCCAACAGCGGGAAGUCCACACUCGUGAACUACCUUUGUGGUCAGUACUGCGCGAGCAUGCGACGAGCGCCCGGGAGCACCACCGAGCUCUACUUCUGGAAGGUGGGUCGCCCCGCUCAGCUCUGCUUGGUAGACCUGCCGGGCUACGGCUUCGCCGAGGCGCCCGACGAGAAGCGGCUCCAGUGGACCGAGUUCACGCUGUGGUACAUCCGCGCGAGAAAGAACCUCAAACGCGUCCUGCUCUUGAUCGAUGGAAGGCAAGGCAUCAAGCCGGCGGAUCGGGAGAUGAUCAGCUACUUGGAGCGACACAACGUCCCCUGGCAGAUCAUCGUGACCAAGAGUGACAAGGUGCCAGGAAAGACCUUGGCCAAGCGGAUCACCAUCAUGAAGGAGGACCUCUCGCAGUUCCGCAAGAUGGUCCGGGAGCCCAUCCCCGUGGCCGCCGUGAAGCGCCGGGGCCUGGAGACCCUGAGAGAAAUCCUCACAGAGCUGAAGGUGGCCAAGGAGGUCGUCAAGGACGGCAUCCGCACCAUGGUCUACGACCUGCUCGAGCAGCGAAGGGUGCGCAACCGCGCGAAGCGGCAGCGGCGCAAGGACCGCAAGGAAGCCCUCAAGGCUGAACUGGAGACUAAGGAGUCUGAGACGAAGGAAUCCGAGCGAGCAGAGUCAGACGCCGAGGCCACGAACCUUCACGAGAUCUUGAACUCCUGGGGACCCGGGCAGACGCCGAAGGCGGCCGAGGAAGAUUCCUCCGCGGCCAAGCCGGGCGAGCCAAAGCCAGCGGUGCCCAUGGUGAGCAUCUCGCUGGACGACCGCGAUUCGCAGCGCGUCGACGGCUUCAUGGCCUCGCUCUUCCCGGACUUCCGGGCCUUUGCUGCGGCGACGGCAUCGGCCGCGCCGGCCCGCGUGGCGCAGCCCGGUGCUGCAGCGGUGCGCUUUGGAGCGGAGCCCGACGCUUCGGCCGACGAGGCGCUUCGUGAGGAGCCGUGGCCGGCCGACGCCCACAGCGACGACGACGACGACGCCCGCGAUGACGACAGUGACGACGACGCCGCCGACAUCACGCCAACCGUGCAGCGCUUUGAGCCAGGGCUGCUGGCAGCCGAAGCGAAGCCAAAGCUGCAGCGCUUCAAGACCAGCAAGCCAUCAAAGAUCGAGCGCUUUCCAAGCCGCGUGUCCAUCUUGCGGCCUGAGCCCAGGCCUCCGGGCGACAUCGUCUACACCGAGGACGACGUCAUGAGCCCCGCCGACUACGCCGCCGGCUUUCGCCGCUGGGCGCCUCCCUCGCCGAGCCAGGCGGGCACCGGCCACUUCAUGGCGCAGGCCCGGCGGCGCUUCGAGCGAGAGUGGUCCAUGGAGCUGGAAGACGUCGGCUUAGCCCGCGCCGGCGCGCCCGACGUGGAGCCGAAGCUGGCACCCAGACCCUCCCGCGCUUCGCAGAGCGAGGAGCUGCCGAAAAUGCCCUUUGUGCACCAGAAGGGCUUGAGGCCAAUCCCCAAGGACCACCGUGGUAAGAGUAGAAUCUUGGGACGACGUCCUGCCAAGAUCCUUAAGACCAAGACACUUGCAUUGCACAGCGCCUGUCACCACGCGUGGAACGGGACUCUGCCGGUGGGUGAAGGUCUUCUUGUGGGUCGGUCGAACAUCCAAAAACACGACAAGGGACCUCGGACCUCGGAUUCUACAGGUCGGUGGUGAUGCCAGUAAAUGCAUGUAAGUGCAUUGGGUGCAAGGAGGUAUGAACUUUAGGCUGGCUGUCGUUGGUUAUUCUGUGGAGAUUGGAAGAAGAUGACACCUAGACCCUGCCUCGCAACACGUGAUGGGCAUCAAGAGAUAUUGGGGUGGGCAACCAUUGUAGGCGGCCUUUUUGGUCUUCGUUCGGUUUACCCGGCCGUGCCCCUCAGCGUGCCCAAGCUGAUUUUGGGGUCACAGCUCCUGGAAACUGGUUGAUGGAUGAAUGGAGGGGAUACCCACGAUAACCCCCAAGUGAUAAGGGCACUCUUUCCCGCAAGUCCUUGAUAUGAAUUACUGUAACCGUAACCUACUCCCUUUUGCCCAAACAGGCACUUUCCUCCCAUGUUAUUAGUUACAAAGUCUAUAUAACCACAACUGUCCUUUAGAUUCGAUCCCUUCCAUAUGUGACACAUGCAAUCCCUCAUCAAUUCAUCAAAGGUCCUAUUCCCCCGCACUUACCAGAGUCACCAUCACUAAACCCCUUGUGGGCCUGGCCCACACACACA